CUGAACACCCACAACACCUCAACUAUUACAAUAAUAAUAAUAAUAAUAAUAAUAAUAAUAAUAAUGUGUAUAAUAAUAUGGUUGGCAUGUUUGAUUCACAAAUCCAGAUUUGGUGAUUAGAUUUCUGCUUCUGCCCUGUGUGUACAGAGUCUCCAGGUGCCUCGGGGUUUCCUCUGGGUCUGGUUUCUUCCCCAGUCCAGGUUUAUGUGAUUGUGAUCUGCUGGAAAAGCUCCAGGAUCCUCCCGACCUUGAGUAGGAUAUGUGGUACAGAAAAUGGAUGCAUGGAUGGAUAAUAAUAAGUAUCUACAGAAAUUGGUCCAGAUCGAGUCAGGUUGGAGAAAGGGCGACCUCUAGUGACCAUUUUGUGUAGCUACACGGAUGGGAGUCUCUGCUUGGACUGUUGUUAUGGAAACACCGUGAAACAAUGCAGCGGCUGAGAUUUGUUGAACGUUGUUGGCACUUCGUUCAAGACGUUUAAAUAUAAUCGAUUUUAGAGGUAAAUGUACACUAAAUAUGCAGUUUUGCUGUUUGUAUUUCUUAGUUGUAUUUUAAUAACACGGAUGGACUAAUUGUAGAUCAUGAGUCAGCCAGAUGGGAGCAGCACUCCUCCACCUGGAGGUGAUGAGAAUAAGAGUCACUUUCAGCCAGAGAAGUUACAGGAAGUAUGUACCAACUCCCCGUCAACAAGUCUGGCUCUACAGUGCCUAGAGGAGCUUUUCUUAGACGAUGUGAUCAGUGGAGAUAAAAUGGCCCGACUGAAGGCCAGCCUCAAUUUGCUGCAUGACACCUUAAGAAGCUCUCAGGAGUCUGAGCUGAAACUGCUACAGGAGGUGCAGUGUCUCCAAGCAGAGCUGAAGCGGCAGCAGCAAGAGUUACAGAAAGCAGAGCUGUUCAGUGAGGGCCAGCGCCUGGAUGGAAGCUGCAUGAGACAACAGCUCUUACAGUUUCACAACAAGCUCCAAGAGUCUGAGGAGAGAGAGCGCCAGAUGCAGUACAAACUAGCAUGUCUCCAGGAGGAAAAAAUCUGUCUCAAGAAAGAGUAUGAAAGCCAACCAAAGUAUGAGCAAGAGAAGAGGUCCAUAGCUUUGAACGAGAGCUCUGAGAAGAUGAAGAAGGAGAUCACCCAGAGGCAUCAGGAGAUCAAGACAUUAACAGAUGGCAUCAAGGCAUGCAAUACACAGCUGCAGAAGGAGCAACAGGAGCUAGAAGACAAAAAGGACACAAUUCAGAGCAAAGAGGCUGAAUUGGCACAGCUGCUCUCCAUUCCUGCUCAGCUGGGGAAAGAGAUUGGAAGAAUUAAUUGCAAAAUGAAGAAUGUACAGAAGCAGAAGACUGCACUUGAAAGGCAGCUGCUGGAGCUGGCAGAGAGGGUGAAGCAGACACAGGUGGGCUGCAGGCAGCUGGAUGAAGAGUGCAGGAGCGUGAUGAAGGAGCUGAAGGGCUGCAGGGCCCAACUGGAGGUGGCUCAGAGAGAGAGAAGCAUGCUACUCAAAGAACAGGAGAUGACCAAGGAGGAGGAGGCUGUCCUCCUAGAACAAAGAGGCCUACUGGAAAUCAACCUGAUCCAAAUCAAGGAGGAGAGAAAGACCCUUCAUGACAGUCUUGUUAAGAAAGUGCGAGAGAAAGACCGACUACAGCGUAGAUUAAAAAACAUGCUACUACAGCACAAAAUGUCUAAAGAUGCCCUGCUGCACACUCAGGAGCUCUACAACAAAACAAAGACCCAGAGGGAUAUAAUGCCUAAGGAUGAUGACUUGCUACAGAAAAUCCAAGAUCUGCAAACAGAAGUGGACAAUCUAAAACUGAAAGUGGUCCAUCAGCAGUCAGUUACGGGUAUUGAGGCCGAGCUGGUUGAGCAGUGUAUAGUGCAGAAACAGGCUCUGGUAAGAGAGUGCAAUCACCACCGUGGGGAAUUGCACCAUCUUCAUGCCCUGAUCCGAAUCAAAGCAGACGAGAGAGAUCAGAAGAGCAGAGAGCUGCUCAAAGCUCAGAUGAGGUGCAACCAGAUUAAACAAGACAUCAGAGGAAAACAGCUACAGAUCCUUGAGCACAAGAAACAAUAUCAGGAGAUUCAGUCAAGGCUCUGUGUUUUUGGCAAGCUGUAUGAGACCACCAAGGAAGAACGAAACAAAUGUGUAAACCUACUACAGAUCGUCACCCAGCACACAACCAAGAUGAAGGAGAAGUUCAAAAUCCUGAAGAAUGAAAUUGAGAUUCUGCACAGCCAAACAAUCAAAAACGAUAGGCUGCUGCAGAAAUCUCAUCUGAAGCACGUACACAGCCACACAAUCUGGAACAGCUUGAGGAAUGACAUAUCCAAGGUGACUGGGAGACUUCAUGAGAUGCAGCACAAGAGUGAAGAACAGAGACUCAAAAUUGUUACACUUGGACAAGUCAUCAAUGCCCAGGAGCAAGAUCUGCUGCACAUGCGCAAGAGCCAUGAUGCUUCUGUCCAGAGCCGCAACGAACGUGGUGUGCAACUCUUGGAGAGAGAGGAGGAGAUGUGUGUCUUCUAUGCAAAGGUAAAUGUCCAGAAGAAUCUGAUCUGUGAAGGGACGCUACAGAUACAGGCACUGGAAGAGGAGAGCUGCUCUCUUAAGAUGCUAAUUAAUGAGGAGCAGAGGCAAAUCAACUUGAGUAAAAAACAAAUGUCUUGCAAGAAACCCCUGGAGGAUGAGAGUGCCUCACUGCAGAUACAGCUGUCUGAGUGUAAGGAGCACAAUUUAUCCCUGGAGAAGACACUUGAAGUCCAAGUUACAGAGAGACGACUGCGUAAACUGAGUGGUGAAGAUCCAUCUCCUCCUGAGCUUAUCAAGAAGAUAGAACAGCUGGAGAUGCAGCUGGCAGCGAGAGAGGCUCAGCUGCUGGAGAAAGAGCUGAUCUAUGAGCAGGUGAACCGAUUGUCUCAGCACAUUCGCACAAAGGCAGAUAAUGGGAAAGAGGACACACUCAGAUUGGCCAAAAAGGUCAACGAGUUCCAGAGCCGCAUUAAGGAGUGCACUAAGAAGCUAAUGGCUGUGGUGUCGGAGUUAGCCAUGCGUCAAUCUCAGGCUCUGUGUCUCCAGCAGGAGCUUCGUGAGAAAGAGUUUGAGCUUGACUUGUGCCACAGCAGACUGGAAAUGGGACUAGGACCUUCUGAAACCAUAGAGCAGGAGUGGCUAUGCCAUAUCCAAACCCAGCAGAAAUGCCAGAUAACCGAGGAGGAAGAAUGGAGUCAGCUUCCAAAUGGAGUCUACACCACUGCAGAUUUGCGGCCAAAUUCCUACAUCCCAACUGAAGAUUCGCUGCCUCUGCCCAAACCAUAUGGAGCCCUGGCACCUUUCAAACCGAGUGAGCUCGGAACCAACAUGCGCCACAUCCGCAAGCCUCAGCCCAAGCCCCUCGAGAUCUAGAGCCUUGCAUUACAAUAAUGUCCACAGCAUUUUCUGACAUAUACACAUAGAAAUAAAGAAAUAAAUGUGAAAAUAAAAGUUCA